GAGCGAGCUCCCGCCCCGCCGGCUCGUGGGAAUCCAAAGCAAUCCCGGUGGGACGGGGCAGAAAGCCGAGCUCCGCCGGCGCUGCUCUCCCUGUGUGCAUUAAUAGCCUCCUCUCUGCGCAGCUGACACAGCCCGGCAGCUGCCCGCGGCCAUCCCGCUCUCCCUGCUGACACUUCCCAGCGCUCGGAUGAGCUGGGGUUUGGGGAGAGCUCGGGAAAUCACCCGCUGGGAGCACCGGUGCGGAGCGGGAUGGAUGAGAGCAAACCCCUGAAGGUCCGCCUGACGUUCUUCGUGAUCCUGGUGGGCAUCUCGCUGCUGUUUGCAGCCGUGGUGACGGACCACUGGGCAGUGCUGAGCCCCAAAGUGGAGAACUUCAACACCACCUGCGAAGCGGCUCAUUUCGGGCUAUGGAGGCUCUGUACAAAGAGGAUUUUUAUUCACGAUCAAGACCCCAAAGAGAAGGCCUGCGGGCCAAUCAGCCUGCCAGGAGAACACAACUGCUCCUACUUCAAGCACUUCACCCCAGGACAGAGCUCAGAGAUAUUUGAAGUAACCACUCAGAAAGAGUACAGCAUUUCGGCUGCAGCCAUUGCCAUCUUCAGCGUUGGCUUUGCAAUCAUCGGCACAAUCUGCGUCCUCUUAUCCUUCAGAAAGAAGAGGGACUAUCUGCUGAAGCCAGCGUCCAUGUUCUACACCUUUGCAGGUCUCUGCAUCAUCAUCUCUGUUGAAGUCAUGAGACAAUCCGUGAAGAGGAUGAUCGACAGCAAGGAGACGCUCUGGAUCGAGUACAGUUACUCCUGGUCCUUCGCCUGUGCCUGCGCCUCCUUCGUCCUGCUUUUCAUCUGUGGCAUUGCCCUCCUCCUGAUCGCGCUGCCUCGGUUCCCCCAGAACCCCUGGGAGACCUGCAUGGAUGCGGAACCGGAGCACUGAUGCUCCCAGCACCCAUAGGAAAAUACAGAAAGUGUUGUGAAAACAUUUGUAUCUUCCAACAUACCUGGGGCCCGCUGUACAAUGGGGGCUCCAGUCACCAGGUCGUUACUGAACCAAGGCAUGGUCAAUGU